AUGGCCGACAUCAAUAAAUAUAUUCCUAUGGUUGAUGCAAUAUUAAGUGCAUCCAACCCUGAUGAAAUAAGCCCGAAAAGAGUGAGGAAGGCCCUUCAAAUUCUUUUUUCAGUCGAUUUGGACUCUCAAAGGAAAGUAAUUAAUGAAUUAAUUCUUGAAAGGUUUGGCGUUAUGCAAGAGAAUCCGAGAGUAUUAGUUCCAAGAAACGAUCUCAUCAACCGAGAUCAAGAACUGGCUUUGAAGUUGCAGAAGGAGGGAGAAAGACUUCUGAGGUCAACAAGGAAAAGAAAGAGCAAAAGUGAAAGUAAACCAAAACGAAAGAAAAGGAAGAAUGAAAAUGCGGAUUCUAACAGCAUUUCAGUUCGUAAGGUUCUUUUAUCGCUUCCUCUGCGAGAGUUUCUCGGAACUGAAGAACUGCCAAGAACACAAGUGGUAAAGAUGAUAUGGCAAUAUAUCAAGGAGCACAACUUACAAAACCCAAAUGAUCGUAGAGAAAUCAUAUGUGACAAAAAGAUGGAACCCAUUUUUGGUAAAAAAAUGACAAUGUUCUCAAUGAAUAAACUUUUAACUAAACACUUGUUUAAUACCAAUGAAAUUGUCAAGCAUGAGGAAGAGCAAGAAACAAAGCUUCCCAAGAAUGAAAUCAAGUCGGAAGAUGAACUUCUUCCAAAUGCCAGCGCUUGA